AUGAAUUUCUACCACCAUGCUGCCAGCAUUCUCGACAAGUUGAAUGAACGCAAGGGUACCAUCAAGGGCCUCGUCAUUGGCGAUCCCAAAGUACGGGACAAGAAGAAAAUGUAUGCAUUGGUGUGCGAGACGUUAAAGUACAAGGCUAUCUUGAACGAGCUCAUUGAUACCACUGGGAUUUGUCAAAAGGAGAAAAAGCACCUAUCAUCUCGCUCCUUGACCCAAGUAUUGAUGCACGACAUGCUAUUUACCAAACGUGGUAUCCCACUCUCUAUCAACGUCCCGCAUAAAAAAGCCAUCCAAGGAUAUCAAACACGGCUCAAGGCUGAAUUGGCAAAGAUCAAGAUCAAACGAGGAGCCAAGUCCAACAGUGAUCUCAUCAAUGAAAAAGCAAAGAGUGCAGUGCUUAUUCCUCGCUAUGUGCGUGUCAAUACGCAUCGGAUGACCAUGGAUGAAUCCAUUGAAGCUUUCAAGAAGGAAGGAUAUACAUUCAUGCAAGAUGCACCAGAGGAUUUGGGAUCACUCGAGUUAAAGACGUUUUGCCGAGAUCACCAUUUGGAUGACCUUCUCGUUUUCACUCCCAAGACCGAUUUACAUAAUCACCCCCUCUAUGUAUCAGGCCACAUUAUUUUGCAGGAUAAGGCUUCUUGUUUCCCGGCUCAUGUUUGUCGACCACCAUUGAAUGUUCAUGCUAUCGAUGCUUGUGCUGCACCAGGCAACAAGACUUCGCAUCUUUCAGCACUGAUGAAGAAUACCGGUCGUAUUUGGGCAUUUGAUCUUGACGCACGAAGGCUCGAAUUAUUGAAGCGAUUGACAGGCAAAGCAGGUUGCUCAAAUAUCAAUCCAGUGCAUGGCUCAUUUCUCGAUGUCAAUCCCGAUGACCCAGAAUACAAGGAGGUUGAAUAUUUUCUCUUGGAUCCCUCAUGUUCAGGCUCAGGCAUUAUUAGCCGGUUAGACCAUUUAGUGGAUGAUGAAGAUCAAGAAGAGGCGGAAUCGGAUGGUGUAAAUGAACGGCUUGCCAAGUUGGCCGAGUUUCAAGUAUCAGUGAUACGUCAUGCUUUCAGAUUCCCCAAGGCCAAACGUGUGGUGUAUUCAACUUGUUCAAUCCAUCCACAAGAGAACGAACAUGUGGUACGAGCCAUCUUGGCAGAUAAUCCGGAUUUUGAGCUUGCAUCCCGAGACUCAGUAUUACCGACUUGGGCGCGUCGUGGCGUACCAAAGGAAUUCACUGACAGCAACAAUAAGGAUGUCGCUACGGUAUUGGCAGACUCUGUGGUACGUUCGGAUCCGUUACAUGAUAUGACCAAUGGUUUUUUCGUCGCUUGUUUUGUCCGCAAAGCGGCAUCUGAUAAGCCAGUCAAACGGAAGCUGCAAGAACAAGAGCAUGUUGAACCCGAGGUAGAAGAGCAAAAGGUGGAACAACAAGAGGUGGAACAACCACAACAACCACAACCAAAGCAACAACAACCAGCCGCUAGUAAUACAUCCAAUACCAACAAGAAGAAGAGAAAGAACAAAAAGAGGAAGACUGCAGUAACGGCUUGA